AUGUUCUCCAAGGUCUUCCUGCUCGCGGUGCUCGCGGUGCUGCUCUCGGCGGUGUCCGCCGCGAGGGACCUGCAGAGGAACUGCCGCGUUGUGUGCCAGAGCGUCGACUACAUGGACUCCGUGUCUGGUAAGUGCGGCGCGAAGAGGACCUGCUGCAACUAUGCUCGCACGUCGGAGGGCGACUCUCUCUUCAACGUCGAGAAGGACUUCUACGGCAGGCCCUACCCCGACGAGUGGGCGAGCCUCGCCUCCAACCCCGGCAGGUUCAAGAAGUGCGUGGACUACUAUGAGAGGAGCAACAAGGACCUCGGCGACUGCGUCAAGUUCUACAGGGCCGUCUUCGACGACGACAAGGACGAGGCCGAGAGGAAGUGCGCGUUCCUCGAGGACGACCGCAACGACUGCGGGGGCAACAACGGCGACAAGUACAGCGACUGCGAGUUCUACCAGCGCAGUGCGCGGUUCUGCAGGCGCGUCUGCUGA